AUGAUAACACAAUGGUGCAAGGACCGUAGCAUCAAAUUAGCAGAGCCUCGUGAGCGUAUUAUGGAUGAGAGUAAGAUAACUGAAGCAGACAAGGUCUGCUUAUUUUCACUGCUCAAAAAGAUGUUUUCUUCUUCUAUCUCUGAUCAGAAAAGAGCUGCAAGAGAGCUUCGUCGACUGACCAGGUAUCAGCCCUCAUUUCGAGCCCUUUUUGUUGAGUCCAAGGAUGCGAUUUCCAGAUCACUUGAACCACUUGUUUCACCAGCUGGAAAUGGUAGUGCAGCUCAUUUGCUGCUGGAUCCUGAACUCCAAGAGGAUUUGAUCACAUUGGUUCAUAAUAUCUCAGUUCACGAGAAAAACAAGAGACCCAUUGCACGGAAUCCUAUUGUUGUCCCUUUGCUGAUUGAAACGUUGAAAACUGGAUUGACCAUUCAAACGAAAAGCAAUGCUGCUGCAUCACUAUUCACGUUAGCAACCUUUGAUUGCAACAUGGUCAUUAUUGGGAAUUUAGGUGUUUUCAAACCUUUGAUUGAUCUUGUAGAAGAAGGGCAUCCAGUGGCAAUGAAGGAUGUCCUUUUAGCAAUAUACAGACUGUGUGAGAACACAGAGAAUCGAGUAAAAGCUGUUCAGGAUGGAGCUGUGAGGGUGCUUGUGAAAAAGAUCAUGGAGGAGGAGGGCACAGGACCAGUUGUCUCUAUGUUGUUGACGGUUUUGACAUUGCUUUCGAGCCAACAGCAAGCUGUGGAGGAAAUGGGGGAGCUUGGCGCUGUGCCUUGGUUGCUCAGGAUGGUGAGGACGACCAAUAAUGAAACCAACAUGGUUAAUUGUUCUGCAAUUUUAUUGAAUAUCUGUAGGCGUGACCGCAAUAAAAGGAAAGAGAUGUGGGAAGCAGAAAUUGCCAACCGUACAAUCUCCAGAGUUGCAGUGAGUAGGAAUCCAAGUGCCUCACAGAAUGGCAAUGCCAUUCUUGAAAAGCUGAGGAAACAUAUCAUACAAUAG